CGCACGACUGAGGACUCUGUACAGCGCAACUCCAACACAAAUGGAUAUUUGCGUGGCUUUGUUAUCCCUUUUCUUUUUUACCAAACCAGUUUUGGGUUUCGGAUCAGAUCAAGACUACCAGAUUGAUAUCAUCAAUGAACUUGACCUGGCAAAUGCCACUUAUGGAAUUACCCAAGUGGCGGGGCUUCACAACACCAGCAAAGCCUUCCUUUUUCGAGAUGUUGGGAGAGCAGUUCACGCCCCGGCACACAUCACAGAGAAAGUGGUGCAGCUGUUCAGGAGUAAAAGUGAGUUUACCUUCUUGGCCUCCAUCCAGCAGAAGUCCUCCACAUCAGGAGUCAUAUUCUCCAUCCACGAGUCAGAACACAGUUACUUUGAGCUGGAGAGCAGCGGGGUGAGAGAGGAGAUCCGCUAUCACUACCGCUUCAAAGGAAAGCCUCGCUCCGAAUCCUUCCCCUACCGCCUCGCUGAUGGCCAGUGGCACAAGAUUGCUCUCACCAUCAGCGCCUCCCACCUUCUGCUGCACGUCGACUGUAACAGGAUUUAUGAGCGGGUGAUAGACCCCCCUCAGAUGGAGCUCACCCCAGGCAGUGGAGUGUGGCUCGGCCAGCACAGCCACAAGCAUGGCCUGUUCAAGGGAAUCAUCCAGGAUGUGAAGUUGAUUUUCGCUCCCAACGGCUACAUUACACAGUGUCCUAACCUCAACCGCACCUGUCCGACCUGUAGCGAUUUUCUGAGCCUGGUGCAAGGCAUCAUGGACCUUCAGGAUCUACUGGCCAAGAUGACCCUGAAAUUGAACUACGCAGAGUCCAGACUGACACAACUGGAGGGUUGUCACUGCGAGAGGACCUGCAGUGCCAAUGGCCUGGUCUACCGGGAUAAGGAGCUGUGGGUGGAACCCGAGAACUGCAGGAACUGUGCAUGUAAGAAUGGUGUGGUGGAGUGUCGCAGGAUUUUCUGUCCUCCGGCAAACUGCUCAGAGGACUCGCUACCUGUACACGUGGAUGGGACUUGCUGCAAGAAAUGCAGACCAAAAUGUACCUACAUUGGCCAGACCUUUUCUGAAGGCCAGCGCUUUUUAUCCAGGAGCUGCAGGGAAUGCAAGAAUGGCCUGAUGGUGAAAGUCACAGAAACUUGUCCAGAGCUCAACUGCACCGUCAGUGAACAGAUCUUACCAGACAGCAGAUGCUGCAAUGUUUGCAGAGGUUAUGACUUUUGCGCAGAGGGACUCAUUUGUGGAGAAAACUCUGAGUGUAAAAACCGGAAUACUAAAGCAGAGUGUGAAUGCAAGAGCGGCUAUGCCUCCAUCCACGGGGAUUCAACUUACUGUGAAGAUAUUGAUGAAUGUGCGACCCAGAUGCAUUACUGCCAGUCCAACACAGUGUGUGUCAACCUGCCCGGCAGCCAUCGCUGUGACUGUCUGCCUGGCUUCAUCAGAGUGGACGAAUACUCCUGCACCGAGCAUGAUGAGUGCGCCAGCGGCCAAAAUUUGUGUGAUGAGAACGCCAUCUGCACCAACACCAUCAGAGGACACCUGUGUACCUGCAAGCCGGGCUACGUGGGCAACGGCACCAUCUGCAGAGCCUUCUGUGAGGAGGGAUGCAGGAGCGGAGGGACCUGUGUGUCUCCCAACACGUGUGUCUGUCCCUCUGGAUUUACAGGACGACGCUGUGAGACAGAUAUCGACGAGUGUGCAGAGGGCCUGAUUGAGUGCCACAACCACUCCCGCUGUGUCAACCUGCCCGGCUGGUACCACUGUGAAUGCAGAAGUGGUUUCCAUGACAAUGGCUCCUACCUGCUCGAUGGGAGCUCCUGCAUUGAUAUCGAUGAGUGCAGUUUGCAGACACACACCUGCUGGAAUGACAGUGUGUGUGUGAACCUCCCGGGAGGCUACGACUGUGUUUGUACGUCCGGUCCGGGCUGCAGCGGUGACUGCCCCCAGGAAGAGGGAAUCAGACGCAAUGGAGAAGACUGGAAACCCAGCUUUGACCGUUGUGCUAUAUGCUCCUGCAAGGACGGGCAGACAUACUGCAGGAGGAGACCCUGUGACUGCGGAGACCCAGAUGAGGAUCUGUUCUGCUGUCCUGGCUGUGACAACCGGCCCAGCAGCCAGUGUCUCGACCAGAGUGGACGCACACUGUACCGCAGUGGAGCAUCCUGGCUGUACGGCUGCCAGCAGUGCCGCUGCAUGGAGGGGGAGGUGGACUGCUGGCCUCUGGUUUGCCCCGUGUUGAUGUGCGAGUACACAGCGGUGGCAGAGGGCGAGUGUUGCCCGCGCUGCGUCACAGACCCCUGCCUGGCCGACAACCUGUCGUAUGACAUCCGACAGACGUGCCAGGACCCCGCAGGCGUCGUCCGCCUCAGCGGAGACACAUGGCAUAUGCCCAACUCACCCUGUACCACCUGCAAGUGUAAGAAUGGGAAUGUUUGCUGCUCAGUGGAUCUCGACUGCCUUCAGAACAACUAAAGCUCUCCUCCUUUCACUGCGGGACUGCCACGCCCCCUCCUUCAUCCGACGACCCUCCCCUUGGAUUCAUAAAACAGACUCACGCACACACUUGUGCAUGCCAGGGUGUGCAGAGAAAAUACAAACACACACUGGAUAGACUGGGAUGUUGAGACUGUGCUUUUAUGCCGUAACUUUGUUGACAGAGUGUGUGUGUGUGUGUGUGUGUGGGUGUGUGUGUGUGAUGUUGUGUGUGUGUGGCUCAGGUGGAGACUGAGGCCAUAGUCACCACAGUCACUGUGUUGUGUAUGUGUCUUUGUGUUGUUUCCAUUUCAGUCCACGUGUUGAGGAAACCUGUUUAGCACCAUGUCUUGAACCCCAAAUCUGGGAGGAGCAGCAGGAAGCAGGUUAUUAGGAAACUGAUUCACAGCUGGACAGAUGUUGCGGUGCUCCAGCUGUCUGUGUUGCCUAAAUGUAGACUCACUAUUGUUUGGUCACCUUGGAGGUCAUCAUAAUACAUUUAUUAUUGUGGUGACCAAAAGUAAUGCACCCUAAUUGUAUAUGAUGUUCUGUGAAGCUACAGUAUCAGGAUGCAAGGUUGACAGGAGAUAGUUUGAUGUAGAAAUAACACCUAGAAAAGUAAGAAAAAAAGACCUUCAAGUCUGAUAAUGAAGGUUCAGUUUCCAACUCAAUACCAACAUCUUUCAUGAAAGUGACUUUUUCGUGUUAUUUCAACAAAUAUUUUUUACUUUCUACUGUGACAAACACCUCACCUAAACCUUUGAGAUGUCUUGCUUUAUACAAAGUCAAUUCAUGAUACGUUCUCACAAACAGAUUUUUUAUCAAACAGCUGUGAACUAAAUCUUCCUCUGGCAGAUUAAAAAAAAUCAGUAAAGAAGGAAAGAAGGAAAAAAUAAAUCUUAAUCCAUUAACUUGGCUGUGCAUUUACAUGUUUCUGUGGGUGAACAUUCAAACAAAUCAAAGGUGCAUAACUUUUCUUUACAUUCUAUGUAAAUGUUUUAGGACACAUCAUCCAAAUUCCUGCAUCUACACCCAAAAGCUGUCUGCUUCUUCCACUUUAAGGACCGGAUCCUGCAAUGUCCAUGUAUCUAGAGAAGAUAAAUGCCCGAAUUUGGUGGACACAGCAAAUUAUGUUAUUGCAGCCCUCAGUAUCCCACUAUGCACCAGUCAGUUGUCUCACAUAUCGUUGUUAUACAGUUGUCCAUCAUGAUUUGAACUGAAUUAUUUCAGCAUGAACUGUAAACUUCCUAAACUAUUAUUAUACUUCUAGUUUUCACUAGUAUUUCUGUUUUUUGUUUGAGGGCAACAUCUUGGUGGUAAAAGUAAGUAUUAAGAAGAAUUAGAAGUAAGGGUGAUGCAUUUUAGCCUGUGGCCUUUAUUAAGAUAAAGGCCAUUGGCUGAAAUGCAUUGGUUUCAUAAGGAAGUUGUUCUCAAUACGGGAAGUGUUGCUGAGGCUUUCAUUUUUGACAAGCAGCGCCUGAACACACCAUUAGUUUUGGUCUCUGUGAGGCUAAACAAUGACAUUUGGAAAGGAGGUGCAGUCUCCACAUGUCAGAGUGCUUUGGAUCAAGUGCUUGUCAGACCAUCGAACAGCAUUUGAAAUUCCCUCCCCCACAGCCUUCCACCAUUUAGGGGGGGGGGGUGCAUCUGACAACUUUGGCAAUAUUCUGAAACAGAUUAUCUGACAAGCACGCCCACUUCAGACAGUGAUUGGCCAGGUGUGUGGAGGUAUGAGAGCAUGAAGGGUUUGAACUUCUGUGUCUCGCCCUACGAUGGCAGACUUGAAUGAAGGGUGGCCAUUUUGAAGAGGUAUAAACACAUUUUUAGACGUAGGUAGACGACACUUUGUGUGAAGAAUUGUAGUUUAUUUCAGGCAUACCCCAUUGUAUUUACUCAUUGUAAAUGGCCCACCCUCAUGAGUCACAUUCUUUAUAAGAUCCAAAUAAAAUUUUUCCUCAGCCUCAGUGUUUCCUCUCUGAUGAGGCUGACUGUCAGAUAGUUACCUAUGACAACAACAGCAAUGAAAAGCAUGUGAUAUCAAUCUGCACAACAGGCUCUGGCACUGGCCGAAGCAGUUAACUUACUCAGCAGAGCUCAUGGUGCAUCAGACUAUUCUUGUAUCUCCCAGAGCUCCUCAGCUCCAAACCAUACACUGAAAAAACAUGAAAAAACUGAAAGAGAGAAAAGGUGGGGAUAAUUAAAGCCAUGUCACGCUGGCCUGGAUUCGAGUAUGCCAGGAGGUCACCAAGUGUCAAAUCUGUUUACAGACGGCCAGGCUUAUUAAGGCAGGAGAGUCUGGUGCUUUCCUGCUACAGUUCACAUAGUCACAGCUCUGACGCCACUCUGUUCUCCCGCCCUGCCCUCUCCUCCACAGCUCUCUGAAUUAUCCUCAAGCUUGUUUCGAGAGUGCUAACAAUUCCCUCAAGUGUUGUCAUUAUCAACCUGUUUGUCCAUCACUGUCUGCUGUUUUUCCCACAGCAAACCAGAAUUUCUAACACUGUCUAAACAUUCUGACUUUGAACUGCGUGUUAUGGCCAUGGAUUGUGCUUCAACUAUGAAAUUACUACCUGAUAACAGCAGAAGUCUAACAUACCAGUUGCACCUUUUGCUCAGGUGAAAGUUAUUCAGUAAACCUUUCUUAUACAGCUCUUUAUAAACCCACUUUACAGUCAAGGUAAAAUUAUUUCAGUUGAAAGAUUUUCAAAGCUGGUACCAACAGUCAAGGUCUCUACACUGUUCUUCUGCACACCAGCAUAGUUGCAGAUAUCAGGACAAUUUUUUUUCCUUCGAGAGAAUCAACUUGCUGCCUCAGAAUGAAAAGCAGCUCCCACAGAUUGAGAUAAUCCUUCACAAUGAAAAUGAAACCUUUGUUUGGCUUUUCUGUGUGAAAUGAAGUAAAUCAGCUGGAGCCCUAAAAGAUACUGGUAUUCCUCAUCAAAAUCAGGGGUGAUACUGGAAAGUCUAGUGCACACUACUCGACUUUUACUGUGACUUUCCUAGAGCAGACAAAUGUUUGAGAUCUGAGACAAAAAUCCUCGAGUAGGCGUGGCUCUGUGACUCAUCUUUUACUUUGUCAUGAGCCAUCCUACUCACUACAACAUAUUUCUGUCAUAGCCAGAAACAAGAUGUGCUUGUAGAGCAUUUUGAAGGCUGAUACAAGAGAAGAACAGUAUCCAAUGAAAGCGCAAUAGGCACCUGAAGCCAGGAAAUGAGGAAGGCAGUGUACACGUGUAGUCACUUCUCACAUGUUGUUUCCUCAAUGUAACGGCCAUUCCCUCCUGUUGAGAAUCUCUCCAAAUUAAAUAAUCCUGUCAUCAGUACACUUCAUUGGAGAUCAUUGUGUCAUUUCUGCACCCCACACAUUGAUAGGCCAAGAUCAAUACAGCAAAUGUAAGGCUUUGUUGUAGUCUGCACUAGCUAUAAAGGAAAAACUUUGAUGCAUUUUUUUGGAAUUGUAACCGGCGUAAGGGGUGACCUUGGUCUUUGUAUUUGAAAAUAAAUGUCUCCACCAUCUCGCUCCUACUGACCUUCCACUAUUUAAUGUCAGAGUAGUUCUUGUUUCUGGUCGUGUUUCUGCUCCCUCAAAGAAACAGCGGGAAAAGAUAUUUUUCUACGUGCACAGAGUGCGUUGUUUGGACUCCAAAACACGGUGGUCCUUUCACAAAUUUUUGCAAGUGAUGCUGUUUGUUCAACGUCUGGAGGGGACAGUGGCAUGCAGUGAGGUGUGCCGCUGUUCUGACCUCUCGGUCACAAUGUCCUUGUGUCGUCUUUGUUUGCCACCACAUCUGUUUGUGUCUCACCUGAGCAUUUCUCUGUGUACUAUCCUCCAUCGUCACUAUGCCUCUUGUAAAACUCAAAUUGUCAACUGUGCACACAAAAGAGAAAACAAGUGAUGUAAAUGGUAUCUGUACCCAUCCUGUUUAACACAGCAAUCAAAAGCAGACAUUUGUACAAAAGAUCACUGAAAACAAGGUUUUCAGAUUGCUCUGUUGAUUGAUUUGAUAUGAAAUAUAAUGACUACUGUAAAACACUAUUUGCAAGUCUGUGUGUAAAUGUUUUUACAUACUGACAAUAUGAUAAAAUUAUACAGUUUUUUAAUUAUCAUUGUGUUCAUGAAUGACAUAUUAAUUUUAGUGGACUACUUUUCUUUUUGUGGGAUAGGUUCUGUUUUGCUGUAAAUACUGUGUAAAGUGAAGGGUACUGUAAAGAGAGUAAGACUAUGUGAAUAAUUCUCAUUACAGCUUCUUAGGAUCUGAGCGUUGCAAGUCGAGUGACAGAGAAGCAACAUUUCUAUUGUUUCUACUAUUUCUUUAUUUUUCUAUUCUUGCCUUAACCCUUUUAGUAUCUGCCAUAGUUUAAUAUUUGUCUUCUCGCUGUUUUAGGACAUUAUGGAUUCGACUAGACUGUGUGUUUGUACAGAUCUCUGAUCAGUUAGUGACCCUCAUUAAAAGCUGAGGGUCAACAGAAGUGCAUUUUGGGAAUCAGAAUGAGCGUAGACCAGUGUCUGUUUUGGGCAUCUUUGCAAACAAAGGACAGACUUUUCACUUCACACCUUUUUCUUUUUCCUUUAACAUAUAUCUGUAUGAACUGAACUGAAAAAUCUCUUCAUGAAAACCAGACAAAAUAGAACUAUGUACACAUGUAAAAAAAAAAAAAUCUAAUGUUGAAAAUGACAAUGUUGUUCUUGAUUCAGUUCCUACUUAGAAAAAGAAGCAAGCCAUUGUGUUUCUCCUUUAAUGUCUGACUUUUUUAAAAGAAGACGUUUUGGACCUUCUAGAUCCGGAUGUGCUUGUUCAUGUUUUUGAUAGAGGACCGCGGCGGAGGACUCCCCCAGGUCUGUUCAUUGUUACUUCUCCAGAUCAGAGUGGCAAACCUAAUUGUACU